GGCACAUAAAGCUCGCAUUAUGACCAAUAAAGUCUCUCUAAAUAUCUAGUAAAAAUACUCAAAAACUUUAUAUCAAGUUCAAAUCAGCAAAGAUAUAUUUUUCAUAAUUUCAGCUAAUAAUUAGCACUCACCGUAGUGCUUGGCUCCCUCAACUCCUAACUAUACCGACCCCACCAUCCAAGGGGAUCCGCCUCCCGCUUCUUCUCCUCCACGCUGCCUGCCACCUUGCUUGUAGCAACAUCGACGACUUCACUCAGCUCGAACCGCAACCAUGAAGCUUGAUGUCAAGCGUCAACUCUUUGCUCGCACUGAGCGAGUGAAGGGUAUCGAUUUCCAUCCUCAAGAGCCAUGGGUUCUCACUACUCUUUACAACGGUAACGUCCAGAUCUGGUCAUACGAGACGCAACAAAUCGUCAAGACCUUUGAGCUUGCCAAUGUUCCCGUCCGCGCUGGUAGAUUUGUUGCCCGUAAAAACUGGAUCAUCUGCGGUUCCGACGACUUCCAAAUCCGAGUCUACAACUACAACACAUCCGAACGCAUUGCUGCUUUCGAAGCCCACCCCGACUACAUUCGUGCGAUCGUCGUCCAUCCUACUCUUCCCUUUGUUCUCACUGCUUCCGAUGACAUGACAAUCAAGCUGUGGGACUGGGAGAAGAACUGGAAGUGCGUUCAGACAUAUGAAGGCCACAGCCACUACGUUAUGUCCUUGGCAAUCAACCCCAAGGAUACCAAUACCUUUGCGUCUGCUUGCUUGGAUAGAACAGUCAAGAUCUGGAGCUUCGGAUCGCCAAAUGCCAACUUUACUCUCGAGGCCCAUGACACCAAGGGUGUCAACCACGUUGACUACUACCCUCACUCCGAUAAGCCCUACAUCCUGACGACGUCCGAUGACCGAACCAUCAAGAUUUGGGAUUACACUACCAAGUCGCUGAUUGCUACUCUGGAAGGACACUCCAACAACGUCUCAUUUGCGUGCUAUCACCCUGAACUGCCGGUCAUUGUGUCUGGUUCUGAAGACGGUACGAUACGCUUGUGGCAUGCCAACACAUACCGAUUCGAACAGUCCCUCAACUAUAGCCUGGAGCGUGCCUGGUGCGCCUCGUACCAGAAGGGCAAGCAGGGUAUUGCUGUUGGUUACGAUGACGGUGUUGUUGUUGUCAAGCUGGGUCGCGAAGAGCCGGCUGUAUCCAUGGAAGCUACUGGCAAGCUUAUCUGGUCCAAGCACAACGAUGUUGUUUCCGCUAUUAUCAAGCCUGAUGACACAAUCAAGGACAAUGACCCCAUUACAGUCACGACAAAGGACCUCGGAACUUGCGAAGUCUACCCCCAGACCCUCACCCACUCCCCCAACGGUCGUUUCGUGUCCGUCUGUGGCGAUGGCGAGUACAUUAUUUACACGUCAGUAGCCUGGCGCAACAAGGCUUUCGGUUCUGCCCUUGACUUUGUUUGGGCGUCGAAAGAGAACAGCACCGACUUCGCCAUCCGUGAAUCUCCCAUGAGCGUCAAGGUUUACAAGAACUUUGUUGAGAAGGCUGGCGGUCUUGAUGUCGGCUUCCAGGCUGACGGAUUGACUGGUGGUGUAUUGCUUGGUGUUACUGGCCAAGGCGGUAUUUCCUUCUUUGACUGGGCGACUGGCAACCUGGUUCGCAGAAUUGAAGUCGAGCCUAAGAAUGUCUACUGGUCGGAAUCUGGCGAGCUUGUUGCUAUUACCAGCGAAGACAGCUUCUACGUCCUUAGAUUCUCCCGUGAAAACUAUCUUGAUGGUCUUCAGUCUGGCGAAGCCGAUGAGGAUGGUGUUGAAUCUGCUUUCGAGCUCAUCACCGAUAUCAACGAAACUGUCCGCACUGGUGAAUGGGUGGGCGACUGCUUCAUUUACACAAACACGACUAACCGACUCAACUACCUCGUUGGCGACCAAACCUACACGAUUUCCCACUUCGACAAGCCCAUGUACGUUUUGGGUUACAUCCAGCGCGAUGCUCGCAUUUACAUUGCCGAUAAGGAUGUCAACUUGACGUCGUUUGCCCUGUCCAUCUCGGUCUUGGAGUACCAGACUCUUGUCCUGCGUGAUGAGAUGGAUGCUGCCGCAGAAUUGCUUCCUACUAUUCCUGAGGACCAAAUGAACAAAAUUGCCCGCUUCCUUGAAGGCCAAGGUCAUAAGGAAAUGGCAUUGGAGGUUGCAACGGAUCCCGAACACAAGUUUGAGCUUGCGCUGGCUCUGAAUCAACUCAACAUUGCGCUGGAUCUGGCUAGAGACGCCGAUACCGAGCACAAGUGGAAGAUUGUUGGUGAUGCCGCCCUUGCUGCCUGGGAUGUUGCUCUUGCGACCGAAUGCUUCACAAAUGCCAAGGAUAUUGGCUCUUUACUUUUGAUUUACUCAUCGACAGGUGACCGCGACGGGUUGGCCAAGCUGGCUACCCAGGCCGAGGAAGCCAACGCCAACAACGUUGCGUUCUCAAGCAACUGGCUUUUGGGCAAUGUUGCCAAAUGCCAGGAGAUUCUCUCUGCCACUGGCCGUCACGCUGAAGCCGUUUUGUUCGCACAGACCUAUAAGCCCAGCUUGGCUGCUGCCGCCGCUAAGCAGUGGAAAGAAAGCCUGGAGCAAAACAAGAAGUCCCGCGUAGCCAAGUUGAUUGGUAUUCCCGGCGAAGACGAGGACCUCUUCCCCGCGUGGGAUUCUUGGCUGCAGAUUGAAAGCGAGGGAGGCACAGUUACCGACAUCACAGCAGAUGCCAACGGAACUCACGAGGAGGACGCCGCCGAGCCCGAGGCUGAAGAGGAGGCUGAGGAGGCCGAGGAGUAGACCAAGUCGUUAUAAAUGGAGAACUAUGAAGCACAAAAAAUAGGAUAAACAAAACGCAGUGGAUGGCUCAACGAUAGAGCCUUUGUCAUGGGAACGGUUGCAUAUUUCUGUUACUAUUUCAAGGAGCAGCAUGGCGGAUGAGGUGCUGAAUGCGAGACGUAAUGCAAUGAAUACAUAAAAACACUACCUUG